AUGAUAUGGAUUCAAGAUGACAGUGGAGAUAUGCACGGAAUUUCUAAGCAAUCAGUGAGCAAAAUCGCUCAUAAUGUUGGGAAAGCAUUAGCUAAAAAAAGCUCAUUUAUUCAUAACAAGCCCACUGCACUAGAAGAUCAACAGGAAACUAUCAGAGGAUUUAGAAGUAUAUGUAAUUUCCCCUCGGUGAUAGGGGCUAUAGACUGCACGCAUAUACUAGUCAAAAGGGUAGGUGGCGAUAUGAGUGAAGCCUAUGUGAACAGAAAGGGAGAAGAUUACUAUUCUAUCAACGUGCAAGUUGUCUGUGAUUCAAACUUGAAAAUCAGAGACAUAGUUGCACGUUGGAUAGAAGUGUUCACGACUUUCGAGUUUUCAACGAAAGCACAAUAA